AUGGGAGAUUCUCGCGACAAGUUGAAGCAGUUGGUUCCAGGUAAGUUGGUCACUGAACACACUCAGACUUGCAAGCGAGGAGUGCACAAGUGCAGCUUGUGCGCCGUGCAGCAGUCAUGGUCACUUUACAAAAAACCAUGGCUGAGAGUGCUUCUGGUCGAUGGAGAAUCCAAGCUCGGCUGCAGCUUAUGCGCGAAAGCCGGUCUGGAGGGCCCAUGGGCCAACUUUGAACAAACUCCGACUUCCGUGUUGAAGAAACACAACUUGGAGAGGCAUGAGAAGUCCAAGGGACACAUGACAGCAAGCCAAGAUGAUCUUUGCGGAGCCCCUAGCGACGAGGCUUUUAAGUCAAGUUUGCAGGGUAUGACGCAAGGACAAUCUGCGAGACAAGGUGGCGGAUCGUCCGAUAAAAAAACUCAAGUGCGGUAUGCCCUCUCGGAAGCAGUUUGUGCUCGCAACAGGACUUUGCUGGCAGAGUCUCGCUGCAUCUCAUUGAUGAGAGACGAACGCAAAGGAAAUCUUCUUGUGCGCUUCCGCGCUGUUCUACCGGACCUAACCACCAUCAGUGGCGCGCUUGGCUUGCAGCCUGUGACAGGUUCUGCUGAGUCCAUAGCUGAAGCAACUGCUGAAAUCAUGCAGAACUUCUGCCAACCGAUGCGGCAGCCUCCCAGACAAGCCAAGGAAAGCGAGCAGCCGGUCGACUCUGAACUUCUACGGAAGAUUCAGGACAGGGUCACCAUGGUGGCCAGUGACGCUGCUGCAUCCGAACUUUUAGCAGGUGACUUAGAGAGAGGGCGCCGUAGGGCCGCGACCGACUUUCAAUCCAAAUUUACAAAUUGCAAGAUCGUCGGCAGAGAUGCGGCGCAUGCAUCGACCCGUCCCUUGAAGAGACCAUUCCUUGCAUUGGAACCUGUCAAAAGUUUGACAAACGAAUGGAUCCAUGGGUCCGAAAGCUUCGCUCAGAAGGUGCACCACAGCCACAUCCUCAGCCAAUGGUGGGCCAAGGCCGUCCAAUGCAAAGAGGACUCCGACUUGACUGGAAACCUUUGCACCUCCAUGUCUGCGGCGAAGCACAGGUUCUCGUCAUACUUGAAUCCUCUCAGCCGGAUAAUUCGGAAUUUGCAAGCAGCUUUCAAUGUGUGCGGCAGGGUCCAAGCCAUGCGAGGUGCUGAGGCAACUUGGGCAACCAAGCUUUGCCAAAAUUUCAGUUCGUUCAAAGCAGCUUUGCUUGCAAUGCUUACCGACGCUGCAGCUAUCAGCAACGACUACACAAGGGAAUGCGACCGUGAAGACAUUGAUGUUGCUGAUUUGAAUUUACAAGCCAGCCAUUUUGUCCUCUCGGCAAGGUCUCUCUUCGUUGACCGGAAGGUGUUGACACUACCCACUUUCACGAAAGAAUUCUUAGAUAGAAGAAUUCCCGUGACCAUUCUUCAGGAUGGGUUUGCGUUGGACAUCCAAGAAUGGGUGUCUCUCGUGGAGGAAGUCGUCGCGCAUGAGUUUCCGAGUUGGCACUUGGCGGCGGCAUUUCAAGUUUUUCAUUUGUCUGACUGCGUAAGAGGCCGUGACUGCAGUGCGGAUGUUUUACGGAACUUGGAGAGGCUGGCUCAAGUGUAUUCGGUACCUUUUGAGGCACUGAAGCAAGAGUAUGCCCGCUUGCUGCCCAUUGCUGCAGCUUUGAAGAAGCAAGCAGGUUUGAGUAACAGAGAAGCAUGGAGGGAAGCCCUUCAACGGACAAGCAGUCGGAAAGGUGCCCAGGGAAGGAAGUAUGAGGCCACGGCCCUGAUACAAGUCAUGGCAGCUUAUCAAUGUUGGACCGCAGCCACAAGUGGAGUGGAGCAACAAUUCUCGAAGCUCAAGAGAAGUCCUGUGGAACUUUCCAACGCUUCUGUGGACACAGACCGUCGCCUUGCAAUUGUCAUGGGCGACGGGCAGGCCAGGAGCCCAGCAGUGCAACCUGAAGUGAUUCAAGCCGCUCGACGAAUCUACGCUUCCCUACUGUCCAGUGGAAGGUCCCGGCCGCGGACAAAACCAAGGUUCGAUUGUGGUGUCACAGGCAAAGUGAAGACCGGAUCUUUUGCCAACUGGAACCGCACAAGAAAGAAAGCAUUGCUGGAAGCAGUGCAAAAAUGCGAAACACCUCCUCGGAAACCUUCCGAGCUGUUGACAGAAUCUUCCCAGAAGGAAAGAAAUUUCCAGAGAAAACAGGGUUUGAAACGAAAGGCUGAGGCUCUGGCAGAUGGCUGUUUGUUGCCGGAUGAGGUCACCCAAGAGGUUCAGGAAGAGGCCUUGCGACUGACCAAAGCAAACCGACAAGGUCUCAGUGGCCCAGCGUGGUGUUGCUCCAAGAUGGAAGGCGGCAAGGCGCAAGCAGUGUCUCAAUCUUUGACGGCACAUGGGGUUGCGACGAGAACUCAGGACCUGCGGCAAGCCAAGCUCUUCGUGGUCUCAAACUUCGUUAGGGUGCAAAGAAAAGUGCGUUUCAUGGCUGCUCUGAGUGGAUCCGUCUUGAUGUCAGCUUCUGCUUUGCUUGGAGCAGGAGGUGUGAAGUUGACGUUUCACCCGGGUCAGGAGAUACAAGUUGCAAUCUUCGUGACUGACACUUUCAAGGCCGAAGAGCCAGGAAUGACUCUACUGCUACGUGAGGCAUGUGCCCGUGGGUGGCAGGCAGUGAGGGCGGAAGAUUUGAAAGGCCGCGGGCGAAAGCCCAGUCUCCAUCUCAGGGGUGCGGGGGAGGCCAUCCCAGCUGGUUUCAACAAAACCAGGGUGAAGUGUUUUACUGUCACCGAAUUUUUGCGUUGGCUCACGGCAACUUGUCUCAACAAGACGGCAAGCUCCCGUGUGAAGAUAGCAGCUGCUUGA